AUGGCUGGGAGACACCGGAUUCAUCGUGAAGCAUAUGAUAAUCGGCGUGGUUAUCCUCCAGAAGGCCCUGUUCCGCGUGCCCAUAUGGCCCGUCCACUCCCUCCUCCUCAUCCUGCCAUAUUAGAGGAGGAGCUUGAGAUUCAACACGGGGAAAUUCGCAGGCUUUGGGGUGAAAAUCAAAGAUUGCUUGAAGACAGAGUUGCUUUGCAGCGAGAUUUGAGUGCUGCAAAGGACGAACUUCGUCAUUUGAAUCUUAUGUUAGCGGAUAUUCGUGCUGAGCAAGAAGUACACGUAAGAGAACUUGUUGAACGCGGUAUGAAGAUGGAAGCAGAUCUACAGGCCGCUGAGCCUCUGAAAAAAGAGGCUGCACAACUGCGUGCUGAGGUUCAGAGGCUAAAUGGCAUCAGGCAGGAUAUGUCUGGGCAAAUUCAGAGCCUUACAAAAGAACUUACAAAGUUGGAAGCUGAUAACCAUCAGAUUCCUCAUUUAAGGACCGAACUUGAUGGACUACAUCAGGAACUUUUGCGCGCUAGAGCUGCGAUUGACUAUGAAAAGAAGGCACAUGUUGAACUGCUGGAGCAGAGACAAGCAAUGGAGAAGAAUUUGGUCAGCAUGGGGAGGGAAGUUGAAAAGCUGCGGUUAGAGCUGUCCAGCAAUGAUGGUCGAGCAUGGGCUGCAGGUGGACCUUAUGGGAUGAAUUUCGGCAGCUCUGAUGGGGGUUUUGCCAGACACUAUGCUGAUGGAUAUGGAGCUCAUAUGGGUGCUGCCAACGAGGGUUCGCCGUACGGUUCAAGUUCAGCUUCAUGGGGUGGAUAUGACAACCCACGAAUGGGCCGUCGUUAA